GCAUCCUCCAUUCCUCAUACACCUAGUGGCCUGCACAUAAUGGUUUCAUUACGCUCUCAAGGACCACUACGGUCGCUGCUCAGAAGCCGUAAUUCGAUUUCUCAACAAUCACAGUAUCAAUGGAGCAGGUGCUACAGCAUCAAGACGCCUGCUGCGUCAGGCAUGAAGUUACCAGGUCUCGAUCCUACAAAGUUGACCAUCGAGAAAACUGCACACCCUAAGCAGCUUACGCCUCCAGAGGAACUCGUGUUCGGCAGGACGUUUACAGGUCGGCGUCCCUUCCGCAAUUCAUACCUUUAUCUGACUGGUUUCCAGAUCAUAUGUUGUCAAUGGAGUGGACAGCUUCACAGGGAUGGCUUCCUCCUCGAAUCACGCCUUACCAAAACCUUAGUCUCGACCCCGCGACCUGCGUAUUUCAUUAUGCCUUUACCGCCUUCGAGGGCAUGAAGGCUUACAGGGACGACGAGGGACAUGUGCGGUUAUUCCGACCGGACCGGAAUAUGGCGCGACUCAACAAUUCCGUGGCUCGGAUCGCUCUACCAACAUUCGACGGCGAUGCCGGCAUCCAACUAAUUUCGGAGCUUGUCAAGCUCGAGCAGAGGUUCAUUCCGCAGCAACGAGGAUACUCGUUGUAUCUCCGACCUACAAUGAUCGGCACGCAAAAGACCAUUGGUGUUGGACCACCGGGCUCGGCGCUUUUCUACGUCAUCGCUUCACCAGUUGGCCCAUACUACCCUACCGGGUUCAAGGCGGUGUCUUUGGAAGCCACGGACUAUGCCACCCGAGCAUGGCCUGGUGGUGUCGGCGACAAGAAGCUGGGAGCCAACUAUGCACCAUGCAUUUUGCCCCAGAUGGAGGCGGCUAGCCGCGGGUUCCACCAGAACUUAUGGUUAUUUGGCGAGGAGGAGUACAUCACCGAAGUUGGCACCAUGAACCUGUUCGUCGCGCUCAAGAACAAGGAAACUGGCCAGAAGGAAUUGGUCACCGCUCCGCUCGAUGGCACGAUCUUGAGCGGCGUCACCCGUGAUUCGGUUCUUGCCCUUGCUCGCGAGCGGCUCCAGCCGGAGGGAUGGACCGUCUCGGAGCGCAAAAUGAGGAUGAAAGAUGUCGCGGAGGCAUCCGAGGAGGGGAGGCUGCUCGAGGUCUUCGGAACCGGUACGGCUGCCAUCGUCAAUCCUGUGCGGGUGAUCUCAUGGAAGGGCCGUCUGAUCGACUGCGGGCUCCCCAAGGGCGAGGAAGCGGGGCCCUUGACGGUACAGGUUAAGCAAUGGAUUGAACGGAUCCAGUAUGGCGACGAUGCCCAUCCUUGGAGCGUCCAAAUCACCUAAGCUCUGUCCAGGAGCAGUUGCCAACCCUGAGGAAUGUUUGGGUUUUGUUUCUUCUGGGAGACUUUCGUGUGGAGAUAUGAGCAUUCCGCAGCGGUUUUGGGGAUAACCUGCCCAUCUGAUAUAAUCGUAGAUAAACAUUCCCCCCCCCUUGGUAUGGAUUCCACGUAGAUAAAUUUUAGCA